CUUCCGUCCCGCACGAGGUUCGUCGUCGUGCCAGCGCUGCGCGGAUCGAGUCGAACCGGGCACACACUUCCCUUUCAGCGCCGGGGUUUGGAGGCGGUUCCGCGGGCGCGGCGGCACCGAGGGCACAGUCCGCGGAUGGAGAGUCCGCGCGCGGAGCGAGAGCCCUCGCCGGAGGCAGUGGCGGCGGAGAGCAGGGAGCUGGCGGUGCUGCGUGAGAUGAUGCUCCGCGCUCGCCGGGAGGGGGAGGACCCCCAGGUGCCGGAUGAGCAGCUGCGCUCCAACGACCAGCUCCAGCAAGACGAGAUGAUGGCGCUGGAGGCAAUCUACGGAGAUAAUAUAGGCAUUUUUUGUGAAAAGACUGGACUGCGAUCUUUUGAGAUCCAUGUGCAUUGUGAAAUUCCAGAUGAUCUCAGUGUAUCGGCAGAACUGUUCCAGGAUGUUGAUGAUCAUGACCUGAAAAGUCGGUUCCUUGACACAUUUAGUGUCCAACACUUGCCUCCAAUGUCGCUAACAUGUCUUAUGCCUCAGUCGUACCCAAGCCUUCACCCUCCAUACUUUACGCUCACCGUACAAUGGUUGGAUAGUGUGAAAAUUUCCUCACUCUGUGACAUGCUUGACUCAAUCUGGACACAGCAACCUGGACAAGAAAUUCUUUAUGAGUGGGUGCAAUGGCUGCAGAGUUAUGCGCUUUCACAUGUUGGUUUUGUUGAUGGAAUAGUCAUACGACAGCCUGAUAUGAUGAUUGGUCCUGUGGAUGUUCGGGCUGUAGGAGAGAUUGUGUCUGUAGAGUCUGCUGUUCAAUGUUUAAUUAGCUACAAUGAGGAGCGAUGCCAUGAAUCCUUUCUAAAUGGCCUUCACGAUUGCAUGAUUUGUUUCAGUGAGCACCCAGGUCUUGACUUCAUAAAACUUCCAUGCCUGCAUUAUUAUUGCCGGAGGUGCAUGGAGACUUACUCAAGAAUGCAUGUCAAGGAAGGAACGGUUAUGGAAUUGUUGUGUCCUGGUGACAAGUGCCAGGGUGUUAUUCCUCCUAAUCUAUUGAAGAGGUUGUUAGGAGAUGCUGAUUUUGAACGGUGGGAAAGAUUGAUACUUGAGAGGACUCUGGACUCAAUGGUUGAUGUGACUUACUGCCCAAGAUGCGGAACAGUUUGCCUGGAAGAUGAGGAGAAUAAUGCCCAGUGCUCCAAGUGCUUCUUCAGCUUCUGCACCCUCUGCCGAGAACGUCGUCACAUAGGAGAUAUAUGCAUGACUCCAGAAGAAAAGCUUCUCUCCUUACAGGAUCGUGAAAAGGUGUGUUCUUCUUCUAGCAGUGGCAAGGUUGACACGAGCACUGACUUGUUCAAUGAACUUGUCAGCAUCAAGGAAGCACUUCGUGAUGCUGUUCCAUGUCCUCAUUGCCGUAUCGCAAUCUCACGGGUGUCAGGCUGCAACCACAUGCAUUGCAGGAACUGUGGGAAUGGGUUCUGCUAUGACUGUGGCGAGCCAUUAGAUUAUCACAGAAUUCACCAAUGCAGGCUUGAUGAGGUACAGAAAUCAGUGAGGCAGGCUGAUGUCGUGAAGCAGAUACAGAAAGAAGUAACAGCGCAGCGAUUUAGAAAUUAUCCGUGCCCGAGUUGCCACCAACAAAAUCCCAAGGUAGGAAACAACAACCACAUCUUCUGCUGGGCGUGCCAAGUCCAUUACUGCGCGCUGUGCGGGAAGGUGGUUCGGAAGUCCUCGGAGCACUAUGGUCCCCGGGGCUGCAAGCAGCACACGGUAGACGCUGUGGAUCCCUCCAGCGAAGGAAGGAUGAGGAGUCUGGUUCGGAAGAUGUUCCAUGGUGGUCGGGCAAAACGCUGACGUUCUCACUUAUAUUAGAGCAGGAAAUGGAGCAUUUUGCUAUGCCAGUUCCACUCCAUGUACUGCAUCAAGAAGUUUUAGAGAGCAUGGUUACAGUUAUUCUCGACUCGACCCCGCCGGGUUACAUAGCAUCUCAUCAGUCUAGUCCAUUCAGUGUAAAAAUUCUAGAGAUGGCCGUCCGUCUCCGGAAGCGGUGCAGGGUCCUCCAUUCUUGUGACUUUGAGCACCCCUGGGACUUCUGCUCAUUGCAUAUGUUCACAUAUACGUCAUCAAUUUAUUGUUCCAAAAUUUUAAGUCGGUAUAGUAGUAGCA